CAUCCACCUUGGAUUGGCAUUCGGCCACUAUAAGUAGCACCCAAGUUACCCGGCUCUCACGCCAACAACCAUCCUCAACGACCAGAAGCCAAAACAGAGAGAAGAGAGCACAUUGCAUAUUGGGAGAUCGGAAGAAACAGAGAAGAGAUGGAGAUGUGCAUGGACGACAAGUGGAAGCUGUCCAAGAAGGGCAGCCGGAGGUCGGCCGCGGUGGCGCCGGCGGCGGCCACCGGCAGUCCGGUGGGCGUCAAGAAGGGCCGGGCGUCGAGGGGCUCGGGCCGGUCCGUGCCGGGGCGGCUGGCGAGCCUGGCCAAGCAGCAGAGGGCCAGGUUCUACAUCAUGCGCCGGUGCGUCACCAUGCUCGUGUGCUGGCGGGACUAGCGUCGGUUUGAUCUCUUCUCUGCUUCGAGAGACGGAGACAGAGGUUAACUAAGAGAUGUGCCUUAAUUCCCAUGGCCAUCCUUGGUUUGGUAGACUAAGAAAGAUUGUAGAUAACACAGUGUGUCACGGCCAAACAGCUUCCAUUAGUUUGCUGCUCCAGUCACUUCCAUAGCACUGCGCUGCAGGAAUGUAUGUACCGCGGCAACCAAUGUGUAAGGCUAGUCCUCUUCGUUGCAAUUUUUUCGGUUUUUGGAGAUCUAUGA